CGUUGAUCGUCAUUCAUCAACUCAAUAGCUGCCGCACCGGAUCCUAUAUUUAUCCAAAAAUUGCUACGUAACUGAAUUUACCUUUUCCCAUACUCCUACAGUACAUAGCAGAAAUAGGGAAAAUUCCCAAUCGCUGUAUAGAAAAUAGGAUUCCUUGAAGUUGUUGAAGUGAAUUGAACGCCAAGAUUUCCUUUUUAUAAUCCCUCAGAUUCAGGGGAACCUUAGACGUGUAUUUCUUUGUUCCUAGUAUUGUUUACAUUGUGUGAAAAUUUAUAUAAAAACAAAUUCGCCGAACGAUUUGGAAUAUUGUUAAUGUAUAUUGUUUAGUGUCGGAACGCAUCUACCCUUGUUUUCGUUUCUUCUCUUCUUUAUUUUUUGUUUUGUUUGUUGAUACGUCGUGUACGUGUGUGUUUGGAAAGGAAUUGUGGUAAAAACCUCUUUUGUUUUUUAUUUAUUUAUUUGAUUUUUUUUUUUAAUUUUCACUUCCAUUACCUGGACUUUUUAUUUUUUUGAUUAUUGUUUUUCUUCUCUCUUUCUCUUUUUCUGUCUGUCUGUCUAUCUCUGUCUCUCUCUCCAUUUUUUACUUUGUACAUUUUUUAUUUUCAUUACAAGGCAGAAACUUUGUAAUCUUUCUUCGGUGUUGUCAUUUACAUAUAUAUACAAAUAUAUAUAUAUAUAUAUAUAUAUAUAUAUAUAUAUAUAUAUAUAUGGUUACUGCUUGCAAUAUGUCUGAACUUCAUUCUUCCCCAAAGUUCUCUUUUCAAGAUAAUCAAUCUCAAGACGAUUCUUCGCCUCUGGAGAAAACAUUCCAAGACAAGGUCCAUAUAGAAGAGACCCCAAAAUAUCCUUUUGAAAGAGAUGCUACUCCCUUACCUCAUGAAGAUGUUGAACAUUCCCAUGAACCCAGUCAUCCUUUGCCCCGUGUUCGAUCUCCAAUUCAAGUAAAUGAUUAUGUGGAUCAUAAACUCGCAGAAGACCGAUACCGAUCAUCUGCUGCGAAAAAUUUUGAACCCAUUUCCAUUCCAAAUUCUCAAAUUCCUUCUGAGGAUGAGGACGAAGACGACCAUAUUUCCUCUCAAGCAUCCACCGCUUUCCGUUCCAAGGAUAAUACCUCGUCUAUUCACCCUCUUUACAAAUUUGAUUUGCCCAGUAACGAGGAAGACUCUGACGACCAUCACCAGGAAUCCAAGCCUUCUUCUCCCAGUGUCUUAAAGACCGUUCGUGGAUUUCCGUCAUCAGAGGAUUUGAUCGGCGAUCCCAAUGAUCCCUAUCGCAGAACCCGUAGAGCUCCCUCCAAAAGUGAUCCUCGCGAAAUUCCUUCCCAAUUCAUAUUUAAAAAACCGGACCAUAAACAUCAUCACAGCAGUCAUCAUCAUCACGGUAAUCACUCAAACUCAAGCUCCUUGUCAUUAAAGUCUUUACUUCAUUCUCAUGAUAAACACGACAAAAGUGACAAGCAUGAAAAGCAUCACAGCUCGUUGGAUUUGCGUCGAUUCUUCAAAUCACACCAAAAGUCUGAUAAAAAGGGUGUCUCUAAAUCAAGAUCAAGUAGUAACAUUCAGGAUGAUCACUUUGGUUUGUUUAAAAAGUAUGGCAAGUUUGGCCGUAUCUUGGGAUCGGGUGCCGGAGGUUCUGUUCGUAUUAUGAAGCGUUCUUCUGAUGGAAAGAUUUUUGCCGUCAAAGAAUUCCGUUCUCGUAGGCCAUCCGAGUCUGAGCGUGAGUAUGCUAGAAAAGUCACCGCUGAGUUCUGCGUGGGUAGUGCUCUUCACCAUACAAAUAUCAUUGAGACCUUGGAUAUCAUAGAAGAAAAUAAAAAAUUCUUUGAAGUUAUGGAGUACGCACCCUACGAUAUGUUUUCAAUUGUUAUGAGUGGACAAAUGACGCUGCCCGAAAUUUAUUGUUGUUUUAAACAACUUCUUUCUGGUGUCGCCUACUUGCAUUCUAUGGGCCUUGCCCAUCGUGAUUUAAAACUUGACAAUCUCGUUGUAGACGAAAAUUGUAAUAUCAAAAUUAUUGAUUUUGGAAGUGCCGUGGUGUAUAAAUAUCCCUUUGAAGCAGACAUUGUAGAGGCGACUGGUGUGGUCGGUUCUGAUCCAUAUCUUGCUCCGGAAACGUUAACCAAAAAGUUAUAUGACCCUCGUGCUGUUGAUAUAUGGUCUUGUGCUAUAAUUUAUUGCUGUAUGGCUCUUCGUAGAUUUCCUUGGAAAUACCCCAAACUGUCAGAUAACUCCUUCCGUUUGUUUUGCAUAAUACCUCCUACGAAAGGUGACUUUUCUGAAGAAGAAGUUUUAAAAUCUAUAAAAGAUAGGGGAUUGGUUGACCCUGGUCACCCAUCCUAUAAACCGCCAAAUACUCAACAACGUUCUGAGCAUCAAGUACAUGCUGGUGGCAAACAAGAAGUUUACGGACCUUGGAGAUUGCUACGUUUACUACCUCGUGAUACUCGUGCAGCCGUGUUGCAUAUGCUUGAUUUGGAUCCCGUUAGAAGAUAUGACAUCCAUAGUGUUUUCGCUGAUGACUGGAUUGCCAAUAUCUCGAUGUGUCAUAUGCAAAAUAACAAAGUGAUUCGUUCUCCUACUCACCUUCACAAUCUUGUGUCUCCUGAAGGCUCUCCAUACCCUCAUGUCAAACGGUAGAGGUAAAAAAAAAAAAAGAAUACAAUAGGUCUAUUGGCGUUGCUUAUUAUGUAUAAUUUUACUGCAUACGGUCAUAUUGUUUGAUCUUGACUACUUUCUGUUUAUAACCAUUUAUUUUGAAUGGAGCUUUGUUAAUUAUCGUUUUGUUGUUUAAAUUAAUGAAAUUUCAUGAAAACGCCUCAUUGUCUUUCUACAUGCUAUUCUUAUUCUAUAAACGAAAAUUAACAUUAGGGAUUAUUUUAUAAGCAAGAAUAGAGAUG